AUGUGCUGCUGGAGCAACAAGUCCAACCUUGCUUUGAAUUUGGAGAUCCGCUCUGCAAUAUCCCUGACAGGUGGGCAUGGGGCCACUGAACAACAUCAGGGAGAGGCCACAGCCUCACAAAGACAGCCUCUUCCAACUUUAAGUGCCCCAUCCAGGGAGGUGCCUAUCAAAGGAAUUCAAGGAGAUGCUCUGGAGCUGGCAUGUGCCACAGUUCCCGCUCCCCUGGUGGUCUUCUGGAGCUUUACCCCACCAGGUUCCCUGGCCCCCCAGCCUAUAGCUGUCACCAAUGGAGCUGAGGUCAAGGUGGAGCCAGGGGCUCUAGCUCUGGGGGCUGUGAGUCUAAGGAAUAGUAGCCUGGUGCUGGAGGGUCUUCGGAUAGCAGCCCAGGGGCGAUUUCUGUGCCAGGUCUUGUAUUCAGCUGGUGGUGAACUCCAUACUGCCUAUUCCUACAUCCUUUUGUCAGUUUUGGUGCCUGUGUCCAAGCCCCAGGUGCGCCUGAGCAGCCCAUCUCCAGUGGAGGGAGCAUCCCUGGUUGUGGCAUGUGUGAUCCGAGAGGGCACAAGUCCUGUGUCCUUUUCUUGGCAACAUCAGGGGCCUCAGGGAUCCCGAGGGGUCCUGACAGAGAGAACUGAACAGUUGCUCCAUUUGGAACCUGUGAAUAGAACUCACACUGGCUGGUACAUCUGCAGUGCUCAAAAUGAGGUCAACAGGCUCAACAGCGAGAGAGUCUACCUAGAUGUCAUCUAUGGCCCAGAUGAGCCCAUGAUCAGAGUGGAGCCUCUGGCAGUCAGUGAGGACAGCUACUGGGCAAGUGAACGGGAGGAGGUGACCUUGAGCUGUCUGGCUCCUUCCAAUCCCCCCAGCCGCUACAUGUGGCUGCAUGAUCACAUUCAGGUCUACUCUGGGCCCACCUACAUCAUCGCUCGUGCCCACCAGUCCCAUGCUGGCCGCUACACUUGUCUGGCCCACAACAGCCACCUGGAUACCCACACUCAGGCCACCAUUCGGCUCACCAUCUUCUAUCCUCCUCAGGGGCAGCCCACCUGUGCUGUGUUCCCUGACACUGGGGCUGUGGUCCUAAACUGCACCUGGCCUGGGGGACUCCCAGCAGCCCAGCUGCAGUGGGAGGGGCCUGAAGGUACCAGCCCCUCUGCCCCUACCAACCUCACCUGGACCCAUCUGUCAACCCAUCUGCCCAAUGGAAGCAUCUUCACUUGCAUCGCCCAGCAUCCUGCUCUGGCUCGACCUGUCUUAUGUAGGAUUACCCUUUGGGAGCCCAGCAGUAGCCCGACCUGUUCCACCAAGGUUACUGCGGGAGAUCAGUUUGUUAUGUUGAGCUGUGAGUGGCCUGGGGGGCAGCCUUCCAGCUCACUCACCUGGUACAAUACAGAGGAACAGUUACUGGGAAGCAGUAGAGCUUCACCUGCCAUCCAACUCCUGAAGGCUCACGAAGGCCUAGCUGGCAAAGAGUUCACCUGUAGGGGAAGCCACCCCCUGCGGAGUCCUGACCCGGAGUGCAGACUCCAGCUAGAAGUCCCUCGGCUGGUAGUUGACCAACCUCGUGUUUCAGUGCUGGAGGGAAGGGAAGCCUGGCUGGGCUGUCUGCUGCAGGGGGGCAGUCCACCUCCUCAACUCCUCUGGCUGGGUCCUCAGCAGCUUCCUGUGGAGCCAAACACCCCCCACUAUACGCUACAGCAGAGUGGCUCCCGGCUUAGCCUCAUCCUCCAUGACGCUGACCCUGUCCGUCAUAGUGGCAUCUACCACUGCUUAGCUUGGAAUGCUUUAGGCAAUGCCAGCCACAGCAUCCUCCUGGAGGUUCAGAGAUACCCUGCCCCACCCAAUGUCACUAUCAGCAGUCUGACUUAUGGGAGACAGCGAAGUGAGGUGAGACUGCAGUGGGCCACAAAGGGUCCCGGCAACCUAACAGGCUUUAUGGUCCAACGGAGGGCAAGCCCCCCAGGCUCAGGGGCUGGAGUCUGGGAGAGAGCAGCUGGAGACAUCGAGCCAGAGAGCCGAGGGCGGCGGUUGGGUGGCCUGGAUCCCGGGGUCCUCUAUUCCUUCCGUGUCUUGGCACUGAAUCACCGCACAGCUGGGCACCCUUCUGAGGUGAAGACACCAGUGGAUCCUCCCUUCAAUGCCUACCCUGCUGUGCUGGGGGCAGCAGGCACUGGAAUGGUAGUGGCUACAGUGGCCUCCCUGCUGGUGUUCCAGUAUGCUGCUCGGCACCCAGAGACCUUCCCUCGAUUGGGCCGGCUGCUGUUCUUCACUGCCAGGGGGAGUCGUCAGGACAGGGGGGUCAUGAUGGAUGCAGAGAUGCAGGCAGGUGAAGCCCCAGUCUCAACCAUGUCUCCAGGCUCGCCCCUGGAACCUGAUGAUACUCCUGUGAAUGUCACCAUUACUGUGACUGCAACGCCAUGA